CCGCCAGCCCGCCUCGCGCCCGGUGGGGAAGGGGAGUGAGCAGAGUCGCUUACGUCGCGGGGAGGCGGAGGCGACGGCGACCUCGGUGGCGGCGGCGGCGGCGGCGGCUACGACGGAGACGGUUGCGCUCGCUCUCUCGGCGUCAUGGCGGCGGCCGGGAGCCGAUAAGCAGCGGGAGUGGGCGCGCGCGCGUGGCCGCGGGGAAGACGGUCGCUGCUUACUUGUCGCUUUCGCUGGCUCUCGCAGUUGUUCGGUGCUUCGAUAAUGAAUUGAUUGUUGGAGCCGCUCUGCAGGGGGAUCGCGGCGCGUCGGAGCCGGCCGCCGGGGCUUUCCCUUCCCCUCCGCGUCCUUCCCCUUCCCCCUCUCCCCUCCUCGCGGACUGCUGCUUUACCGCCGCACCCCCCCACAGCCCACACACGCCCCGGAGCCCCGAGGACGCCGACCGCGGGGCCCGGGCGCCGGGGAGGCCGCCUCUCCAGUCGGCUCCUUCCGCCCCGCCAAGCCUGCACGCCCUACCGUAGAAUCUCUGCACGUCCGAACUGGAUACAUAUUGUAUUAUUGAAACAUAAAACUCCGCUAUUUAACUUACCGGUGAGUCAAAAAGGGUCCUAGGAAACCUGUGAAUAUUGAAGAAAAUUCAUCUGUGAAUUUUUAAUAUUCAAAGAGGAGUCAGUAUUUAUACUCAUCUUUUAAACUGGGAAGAUUUAUAUUUUAUUUUAAAACUUCUUGAUAUUUACAAUGAAUGGACACAGUGAUGAAGAAAGUGUUAAAAACAGUAGUGGAGAAUCAAGCCAGUCGGAUGAUGAUUCUGGGUCAGCUUCAGCCUCUGGAUCUGGUUCGAGUUCUGGAAGCAGUAGUGAUGGAAGCAGUAGCCAGUCAGGUAGCAGCGACUCAGACUCUGGAUCCGAAUCGGGCAGUCAGUCAGAGUCUGAGUCAGACAAUUCCCGAGAAAAUAAAGUUCAAGCAAAACCACCGAAAGUUGAUGGAGCUGAGUUCUGGAAAUCUAGCCCUAGUAUUUUGGCCGUUCAGAGAUCUGCGAUGCUUAAGAAGCAGCAGCAGCAGCAGCAGCAUCAAGCUUCAUCUAAUAGUGGAUCAGAGGAGGAUUCCUCUAGCAGUGAAGAUUCCGAUGACUCAUCCAGUGAGGUCAAAAGGAAAAAGCAUAAAGAUGAAGAUUGGCAGAUGUCUGGAUCGGGAUCUCCCUCUCAGUCUGGUUCGGAUUCGGAAUCUGAAGAAGAACGAGAUAAAAGCAGUUGUGAGGAAACAGAAUCUGAUUAUGAGCCAAAAAAUAAAGUUAAAAGUAGAAAACCUCAAAAUAGAUCUAAGUCAAAAAAUGGAAAAAAGAUUAUUGGACAAAAAAAGAGACAGAUUGAUUCAUCUGAGGAGGAGGAGGAUGAUGAAGAAGAAUAUGAUAAUGAUAAAAGAAGCUCCCGUCGCCAAGCAACUGUCAAUGUUAGCUAUAAAGAAGAUGAGGAAAUGAAAACAGAUUCUGAUGACCUCCUGGAAGUCUGUGGAGAGGAUGUUCCUCAACCUGAGGAAGAGGAAUUUGAAACAAUAGAACGGUUUAUGGAUUGUCGGAUUGGAAGAAAAGGAGCUACUGGUGCUACUACAACCAUCUAUGCAGUUGAAGCGGAUGGUGACCCGAACGCAGGAUUUGAAAAGAAUAAGGAACCAGGAGAGACCCAGUAUUUAAUUAAAUGGAAAGGGUGGUCACAUAUCCACAAUACUUGGGAGACAGAGGAAACCCUUAAGCAGCAAAAUGUUAGAGGAAUGAAAAAAUUAGAUAAUUAUAAGAAAAAAGAUCAGGAAACAAAAAGAUGGUUGAAAAAUGCUUCUCCAGAAGAUGUGGAAUAUUAUAAUUGCCAGCAAGAACUUACAGAUGAUCUCCAUAAGCAGUAUCAAAUAGUGGAGCGAAUAAUUGCUCAUUCCAAUCAGAAGUCAGCUGCUGGCUAUCCUGAUUAUUAUUGCAAAUGGCAGGGCCUUCCAUACUCAGAGUGCAGCUGGGAAGAUGGCGCUCUUAUUUCCAAAAAGUUUCAAGCAUGCAUAGAUGAGUAUUUCAGCAGGAAUCAAUCAAAAACCACUCCUUUUAAAGACUGCAAAGUAUUAAAACAAAGGCCAAGGUUUGUAGCCCUAAAGAAGCAGCCAUCCUAUAUUGGAGGACAUGAAGGAUUAGAAUUAAGAGAUUAUCAACUGAAUGGUUUAAAUUGGCUUGCUCACUCUUGGUGCAAAGGUAAUAGUUGCAUACUUGCUGAUGAAAUGGGCCUUGGAAAAACAAUACAGACGAUCUCAUUUCUGAACUAUUUGUUUCAUGAACACCAAUUAUACGGACCUUUUCUGUUAGUCGUACCACUCUCCACUCUCACUUCCUGGCAAAGGGAGAUUCAGACAUGGGCUUCUCAGAUGAAUGCUGUGGUUUAUCUAGGUGACAUCAACAGCAGAAACAUGAUAAGAACUCAUGAAUGGAUGCAUCCCCAGACCAAACGGUUAAAAUUUAAUAUACUGUUAACAACUUAUGAAAUUUUGUUGAAGGAUAAGGCAUUCCUUGGAGGUCUGAAUUGGGCAUUUAUAGGUGUGGACGAAGCACAUCGAUUAAAGAAUGAUGACUCUCUUCUGUAUAAAACUUUAAUAGAUUUCAAGUCCAAUCACCGUCUCCUUAUCACUGGAACUCCUCUGCAAAACUCCCUCAAAGAACUCUGGUCUUUGCUACAUUUCAUUAUGCCAGAAAAGUUUUCUUCCUGGGAAGAUUUUGAAGAAGAACAUGGCAAAGGCAGAGAAUAUGGUUAUGCAAGCCUCCACAAGGAGCUUGAGCCGUUUCUGUUGCGCAGGGUUAAGAAAGAUGUGGAAAAAUCUCUUCCUGCCAAGGUUGAACAGAUUUUAAGAAUGGAAAUGAGUGCUUUACAGAAACAAUAUUACAAGUGGAUAUUAACUAGGAAUUACAAAGCCCUCAGCAAAGGUUCCAAGGGCAGUACCUCAGGCUUUUUGAAUAUUAUGAUGGAGCUAAAGAAAUGUUGUAACCAUUGCUACCUCAUUAAACCACCAGAUAAUAAUGAAUUCUAUAAUAAACAGGAGGCCUUACAACACUUAAUCCGUAGUAGCGGAAAACUAAUUCUUCUUGACAAACUGUUAAUUCGCCUAAGAGAGCGAGGCAAUAGAGUUCUUAUUUUUUCUCAAAUGGUGCGGAUGUUAGAUAUACUUGCAGAAUAUUUGAAGUAUCGUCAGUUCCCCUUUCAAAGAUUAGAUGGAUCAAUCAAAGGGGAGCUAAGGAAACAAGCUCUGGAUCAUUUUAAUGCUGAAGGAUCAGAGGAUUUCUGCUUUUUGCUUUCCACAAGAGCUGGAGGUUUAGGAAUUAACUUAGCCUCAGCUGACACUGUUGUUAUAUUUGAUUCUGAUUGGAAUCCACAAAAUGAUCUUCAGGCACAGGCUAGAGCUCAUCGAAUUGGGCAAAAGAAACAGGUGAAUAUUUAUCGUCUGGUUACAAAGGGAUCAGUUGAAGAGGAUAUUCUUGAAAGGGCCAAAAAGAAGAUGGUUUUAGAUCAUCUUGUGAUUCAAAGAAUGGACACAACUGGGAAGACAGUACUACACACAGGUUCUGCCCCUUCAAGUUCUACUCCUUUCAAUAAAGAAGAGUUAUCAGCCAUUUUAAAGUUUGGUGCUGAGGAACUUUUUAAGGAGCCUGAAGGAGAAGAACAAGAGCCCCAGGAAAUGGAUAUAGAUGAAAUCUUGAAGAGGGCUGAAACUCAUGAAAAUGAAGCAGGACCUUUAACUGUAGGAGAUGAAUUACUUUCUCAGUUCAAGGUUGCCAACUUUUCAAAUAUGGAUGAGGAUGAUAUUGAGCUGGAGCCUGAAAGAAAUUCAAAGAACUGGGAAGAAAUCAUUCCUGAAGAUCAAAGAAGACGAUUAGAAGAAGAAGAAAGACAAAAGGAACUUGAAGAAAUUUAUAUGCUCCCCAGAAUGAGAAACUGUGCAAAACAGAUUAGUUUCAAUGGAAGUGAAGGGAGGCGCAGUAGAAGUAGGAGAUACUCUGGAUCUGAUAGUGAUUCAAUUUCAGAAAGAAAAAGGCCAAAGAAACGUGGAAGACCACGAACUAUCCCUCGGGAAAAUAUUAAAGGAUUUAGUGAUGCAGAAAUUCGGCGGUUUAUCAAGAGCUACAAGAAAUUUGGUGGCCCUCUGGAAAGAUUAGAUGCAAUUGCUCGAGAUGCUGAAUUAGUCGAUAAGUCAGAGACAGACCUCAGACGACUAGGAGAAUUGGUACAUAAUGGUUGCAUUAAAGCUUUAAAGGACAACUCUUCAGGAACAGAACGAACAGGUGGUAGACUUGGAAAAGUAAAGGGCCCAACAUUCCGAAUAUCAGGGGUACAGGUGAAUGCCAAGCUGGUCAUCUCCCAUGAAGAAGAAUUAAUACCACUGCACAAAUCCAUUCCUUCAGAUCCAGAAGAAAGAAAGCAGUAUAUCAUCCCAUGCCACACGAAGGCAGCUCAUUUUGAUAUAGACUGGGGCAAAGAAGAUGAUUCCAAUUUGUUAAUUGGUAUCUACGAAUAUGGAUAUGGAAGCUGGGAAAUGAUUAAAAUGGAUCCUGACCUCAGUCUGACACACAAGAUUCUUCCAGAUGAUCCUGAUAAAAAACCACAAGCAAAACAAUUACAGACACGUGCAGACUACCUCAUCAAAUUACUUAGUAGAGAUCUUGCAAAAAAAGAAGCUCAGAGGCUUUCUGGUGCAGGAGGUUCAAAAAGGCGAAAAGCAAGAGGUAAGAAGAAUAAAGCAAUGAAGUCUAUAAAAGUGAAAGAGGAAAUAAAGAGUGAUUCUUCUCCCUUGCCUUCAGAAAAGUCUGAUGAAGAUGAUGAUAAGGAUGAAAUCACUUCUGUGAAACAUCCAAACAAAAAAGUUAAAACAGAAAGAGACAGUGAAGAAAAAACUGAGCCAGAUGUUUGUAUAAAGAAGGAACCAGAAGAAAAGAGGGAAGCAAAAGAAAAGGAAAAUAAAAGAGAACUUAAAAGGGAGAUAAAAGAAAAAGAGGAUAAGAAAGAUAUAAAGGAAAAGGAUUUUAAAGAGAAAAGAGAAAACAAAGUAAAAGAAGCUAUACAGAAAGAAAAAGACAUAAAAGAAGAAAAGCUGAGUGAAUCCAAGUCUGAAAGCAAGGAAAGAUCUAAGAAAUCCUCAGUGUCGGAUGCUCCGGUCCAUAUCACCGCAAGUGGGGAACCAGUGCCCAUAGCGGAAGAAUCUGAAGAGCUGGAUCAGAAGACAUUCAGCAUUUGUAAAGAGAGGAUGAGGCCGGUCAAAGCAGCACUGAAGCAGCUUGAUAGGCCUGAGAGAGGCCUUUCAGAAAGAGAACAGCUAGAACAUACUAGACAGUGCUUGAUAAAAAUCGGAGAUCAUAUCACAGAAUGUCUGAAAGAGUAUACAAAUCCUGAACAAAUCAAGCAGUGGAGAAAAAACCUGUGGAUUUUUGUAUCUAAGUUUACUGAGUUCGAUGCAAGAAAAUUACAUAAAUUAUAUAAGCAUGCUAUUAAAAAACGGCAGGAAUCUCAGCAAAAUAAUGACCAGAAUAGCAACUUGAAUACUCAAGUGACUAGAAAUCCAGAUGUGGAAAGAUUAAAAGAGAAUACAAAUCAUGAUGACAGCAGCAGGGACAGUUACUCAUCUGACAGACACGUAUCUCAGUAUCAUGACCAUCAUAAAGACCGACAUCAGGGAGAUUCGCACAAGAAGGGUGACUCUAGAAAGAGACCUUAUUCUUCUUUUAGUAACGGUAAAGAGCAUCGUGAUUGGGAUCACUACAAGCAAGACAGCAGAUAUUACAGUGAUAGAGAGAAACACAGAAAACUGGAUGAUCACAGGAGUAGAGACCACAGAUCAAAUUUGGAAGGAAGUUUAAAAGACAGAACUCAUUCUGAUCAUCGUUCUCAUUCAGACCACCGGUUACAUUCAGACCAUCGAUCAGGUUCUGAAUAUACACACCAUAAAUCUUCCAGGGAUUACAGGUAUCACUCGGAUUGGCAGAUGGACCACAGAGCUCCCAGCAGCGGCCCCCGAUCUCCACUAGACCAGAGGUCUCCUUAUGGCUCCAGGUCCCCGUUUGAGCACUCAGCUGAACACAGAAGUACACCUGAGCAUGCCUGGAGCAGUCGGAAGACAUAACAAGAACUGAUGCUGUCUUUCUGGACUUUUCUUUCAGCCAUAUAUCAUAAACCAACACAGUGAUUGCCUUACAUGACUUGAAAGAGAUAAACAGAUCUUCUGUCAGUAGCAGUAUUGUUACUUCUUUCCAGGAUGCAAGGUCUAUUAUCCCAACAGAAGAGAAAAUAUUUUUAUAUUUAAGGAUUAUGCUGCACUGUACUACAAAUAUUGUAGUACUAUUUUUUUUUCUUUUUUAAAGAAAUGGAAAAUGUUUACUAUUACAGGGACCUCAACACUGCCCUUCCAUGUAGGCUGGAUAAAACUGUUUUUAAGUCAGUGAUUUUAGACUGACGUCCAUUUAAAUUAUGUUUGUAUAUGAACUUUACUCUUACCUGUGAUCAUGUUUCAGGAAGGAAUGAAAGAGAGUUCUUUUCUUAAUAAAGAAAACACACUCAAGGACUUUAUUCACUUUCCAAAGCUACUUGUUUACAUUGUACACUGCGACCACCUUGCCGCUUUUCAUCACAAGCUUGAAUAUUUAAAUUCUGUACUUAUAUCUGUAAAAUAGCCAGGAAUUUCCUGUUUGUGAUCUAUUAUUAUGCCUUUUUACACACACACAAUGACUGUAAAUUAUUGUAAAUGAAUUAAAUGAGCUUUCCUUACUUCCUUCCCCUUCUCAGGCUUUUUUUGACUGUUCCUUUCCCUACCAACUCAGGCCUUCUUAUUGUUUAAAUAUAUAUAUAUAUAUAUAUAUAUAUAUCAGUGUAAUAACACUUUUUAAUGAUUUGUCUUGAUGGAAUCAUUGUUUAGAAUGUAAAAAAUGGGGAAAGGGGCCACUUACUUCCAUUACAGUCCUUUUUAUAUUGACUGUUUUAUUAGAUACAUGUUAUUUCUUUCCUUUGCCCUUUUUUAGUCAAUAUUGUGUAACAGAAUGGUGAGAUGAUCUGUAAAAUCUAAACUGCAUGCUCUGGAAACAUUUGUUUCAGAUGCAUUUGGUUUAAAAGGGUAGGUCUAUGAACACUUUCAGAAUCCAAAAGGCCAAAAGUUAUUGUAAAUCCAUUUGUUUUCCUUUUCAUGUGGGCAAUAAUGUCAAAUGUGCUAUGCAGCCAGGUAACAUUUUAGAUAAACUUGAUUGACUUUUAAUAAAAACUGUUACAAUGCACACUGAUUGUAUAUAAAAACCUUAUAUAUGACAAAUUAAAUUUAAGAAAAAGGAUAUGUGGGCUCCUGUAAUUUUCUGCUGCAUUCUUAUUCCCUCAAGCACCUAACUUUUUUUUUUUUUUUAAGUAGUAACAUUUAGUUUCCAGAAAAGAGUAUUUUGGUAAGCAGUUGAACAUUGUUAAUUUGUGGCACUACAAUUAAAAAUCUAUUUUGAAGAAUAUAUGAAUAUAUGAAGUAAAAUUUAGAUAAUAGAAAUCUUUGCUGGACUCUUGAUUUUUGCAGAUAUUAUUUUAGAAUGCCUUAUAUUUAUUUACAGAUUUUUUUUUUAUUUUGUUAUAUUCAGUGGGAAUUUUUUAAUCUUGUGGCAUACACUCUUGGAUGUGUGCUGUGAUAUAACACAUUUGAACCUUAACUUUGACAAAUAUAAGUAUAUUGAUAUAUUCCUACAGUAUUCUUAAAUGUGUCUAUACAUUAGCUGUGGGAGUGAUGUACAGAUAUUUGUCUAUAGAUAUAUUUUUAAUAUUUUCCUUUUAUCCAGUUAGGUCUAAAAUUUACACUAUGUGUACUAAACAGAGCUUCUAUAUCCCCCCAACCCUUUUUUAACAGCAGUGAUUCCUGUUUAGAUAGUUAUCUUGAAUGUCAUUUCCUGGUAUGUCAGAUAACUUGUGGAAUAACUCAAUUUUUAUAAAAGUGAUAAAACAAUGCUGGUAUACAUUUUUGUAAGAGUUAUCAUUUUUUCCACUAUUAGUAUAAGUGAUUACUUUAUUCCACAAUAUAACAUUUAAUAAAAAAAAUUGUAAUGCUUAUUAAAGUCAUAAUAUUAAUACAGCUAACAGAUCAGGGUUGACAUUUCCAUUCAUCACUUUGUAGCUGGGACAUUCGCAUUAUAUCCUAUUGUGAAAAUUUCAUAACUCAAUACUACAUUUUUGAGACAAAUGGAAUGGACUCAACUUUCUUAACAGUGCUGUGUUUAGUUGAAUAUUUCAGGCAACUAAUCAGCUGAGUUGAAUGAAAAAUCUACAACUGUAUGUAACAUUUAUUAAUUGAUGGCAAAUAUGUUCAUUAUUUGUAAGAAUCAACAAUUACGUAGAAAGGGAACAAGCCAUACAUUUUUAAAGACAAAAUGGAGAAAAACAUCAGUACAUAGGUAUGACAGGAAACAUUCUCUAAAAAUAUGCUUAAUUUUUGUCUUUUUACAUGCUCAUUCUGAUUUGCCAUUUUUAUCCAUUUGUGUUUAAUUUUUUAAGAAUGAGGUUAUGCAUAGUACUGUACUAAUUAACCCUCCAUCUUAAAAAUAUACAAUAAAUGAUUCUUAUUAAAAGCAA